CUGUUUACGUUGCUUAAGGUCGUAGAUGCAAAAGAUUUGCACGCUUGUCACUUUUCCAUUGGUUUAGGACUUCAUUUUCCGUUUGGAACCGGUCCGUUUCAGUCGGCAGUAAUCUUACCUGUCCCAGAAUCUCUAAGCACAGUUCCUGAGGAAAAUAAGAAUAAGAAGAAGAAUCUCUGACACGCUUCACCUUGUACUUGGUCUCCUACACGUGGCAACUCCCUAUUGGCUUUGUUCAAGGGUGCCAACUACGAUGCCUGAGCAUCGGUUGAUUUCACUUUCUGAGUUUUAAAUAAAAGCUCACAACAAGUCUAGCAGCGUCCUUGCAACUCUCUGUUCUUUCAAAGGACAGUUGUCUUGGGUGAGAAAAGGUCAAACUUGGUAGGAAUUAGCUAGCUCUCGGUGUUGAAGCGAUAUGGCCAUUAAGGAAAAAGGGUUUGUCAAAGGUUGUCUCCCUGAGGAACUAAAGAAAGUGCUUCGAUCGGUGGCUACAAACUGGGAGGACGUGAUGGAUGAUAUGCAGGCGUUGCAGGUGAUCCAAUUGAGCGGUGCAAUGACCAAUAAAGUUUACCAGAUAAACUGGCCUACAAAGAAUGGUGAGGUUGUUAGAAAGGUCUUGGUCAGGAUUUAUGGUGAAGGAGUGGAGGUUUUCUUUAACAGGGACGAUGAGAUUAGGACGUUUGAGUGUAUUUCAAAGCACGGCCAGGGGCCUCGCCUUCUCGGUCGCUUCCCGGAGGGGCGGGUUGAGGAGUUCAUUCAUGCUAGGACAUUAUCCGCAGCUGACCUCCGAGAUCCUGAAAUUUCUGCUCUCAUAGCAGCUAAGAUGAGAGAAUUUCACAAUCUUGAUGUCCCUGGUCCAAAGAAUGGACUCAUCUGGGACAGAAUGAGAAACUGGCUCUGUGAGGCCAAAAGUUUGUGUUCUCCUCAAGAAGCGAAGGAAUUUUGCUUGGAUUCUCUAGAGGAGGAAAUUAGUAUGCUAGAGAAAGAGUUGUCACAGGAUCAUCAAGAGGUUGGAUUUUGUCACAAUGACCUGCAAUAUGGUAAUAUAAUGAUGGACGAAGAGACAAGAUCAAUCACUAUAAUCGAUUAUGAGUAUGCAAGUUACAACCCAGUUGCUUAUGAUAUAGCAAAUCAUUUCUGUGAAAUGGCAGCAAAUUACCAUUCUGAGACACCUCAUAUUUUAGACUAUAGUCAAUAUCCAGAUCUGGAGGAGCGCCAAAGAUUUGUGAGCAUAUAUCUGAGUUCAGCAGGCAACCUACACAGUGACACAGAAGUGGAGCAGCUAGUCCACGAUGUGGAGAAAUACACUCUUGCAAACCAUCUCUUUUGGGGCUUAUGGGGAGUUAUUUCAGAUUAUGUGAACAAGAUUGAUUUCGACUACAUGGAGUAUGCAAGGCAGAGAUUUCAUCAGUACCGGGUAAGGAAACCAGCAUUAUUGGGCUAUUCAUGAAGUGCUUGGCAAUCUUAGUGAAACUCGUAUAAAACUUCAUGAUUUCCUAGAUUUGGAAUCGGUAAGAAUCUAAACAUGUAGUAAUCCUCAUACGGCAGAGAAGCUGUUGUCGGAUCCACUUGUAACAAUAUAAUACCCCUUAUAAUAAUAAAGUGUGUUUCCACUA